AUGGCCUGGGUCAGUAAUAUCUCCUGGUUUAGUCACCUCACUCUACAUGAAGAACGUUUCAGGAGGUAUUUAAACAGCACUGAGGAUUACUUAGCCUUCCUAUGUGGGCCCAGACGGAGCCAUCUAUUCUUGCCCAUGGCUUUGGUGUACACCCUGAUCUUCGUUGUUGGGGUGGUAGGUAACUUCUUAGUUUGCCUGGUAAUCCUCAAGCACCAGAACAUGAAGACCCCGACCAAUUACUAUCUCUUCAGUCUCGCCAUCUCAGACCUGCUUGUGCUGCUUUUCGGGAUGCCACUGGAAGUCUACGAGAUGUGGAGCAACUACCCCUUCUUGUUUGGGCCCAUCGGCUGCUAUUUGAAGACGGCACUCUUUGAGACAGUGUGUUUUGCCUCCAUCUUCAGCGUGACCACAGUCAGCGUGGAGAGAUACAUUGCCAUCCUCCAUCCUUUCCGUGCCAAGCUGGAGAGCACUCGCAAGCGUGCCCUGAGGACCAUCGUGGUACUCUGGGUCCUCUCUGUCCUCUUCGCCCUCCCCAACACAGGCACCCAUGGCAUCAUGCUGCAGUAUUUCCCCAAUGGCACCCUGGUCCCCGGCUCUGCUACCUGCACCGUAGUCAUGCCCAUGUGGAUCUACAACUGUAUUGUCCAGAUUACUUCUUUUCUCUUCUAUGUGCUGCCUAUGGGGGUAAUAAGUGUGCUGUACUUUCUGAUGGGGCUAAGACUGAAAGGAGACAAAUCUUUGGAAGUGGAGGAAAUGGCCGUGAAUGUUCAGAGACCAUCCAGGAAAUCAGUCACCAAGAUGCUGUUUGUCCUCGUGAUGGUUUUUGCUGUCUGCUGGGCUCCAUUCCAUAUAGAUCGACUCUUCUUCAGCUUUGUUGUGGAAUGGACUGAGCCUCUGGCUAAUAUAUUCAACUUAAUUCAUGUGGUGUCAGGUGUUCUCUUCUAUCUGAGCUCUGCUGUGAACCCCAUCAUUUACAAUCUGUUGUCCCAGCGCUUCAGGAUGGCUUUCCGCAGUGUCUCUCCUUGCUGCAAGCACUGGACCCCUAACCACCCCACCAAAAGGAUUCCUGCCCAGCAGAGCAUCUUCGUGCUUGAGGACCACAACCUCAUGGACUCUGCUGAAGACACAAGUCUCCCUGGCACCCACAGAACAUCUCUCAGCAGUUCUCAGCUCUCCACUGGUGUGUGA